AUGAGGAUUAGUGGGUCGAAGUCGAGCAAUGAAUCGAAGAAAAGCAAGAGGAAGCAGAAGAAGUGGUCUCCGGUUCAGAGGCUCUACGAUACCUGUAAAGAAGUGUUUGCCGAUUCUGGACCGGGAAUUAUCCCUUCGCCCGAAAAGGUUCAAAAACUUGCUGCUGUUUUGGAUGGUAUGACUCAAGAGGACGUGGGUCUGAGUCCAAACAUGCCUUUUUUCAGCAGCGAACGAGCUCCGACCAUAUCAUAUCUGCACCUCCACGAGUGUGACCAAUUCUCGAUUGGAAUCUUCUGUUUGCCCCCAACAAGUGUCAUUCCACUUCAUAAUCAUCCUGGAAUGACAGUUUUCGGCAAGCUUCUAUUUGGAACAAUGCAUAUCAAGGCUUAUGACUGGUUUAAUGGCGCCUCUGUCAAUACUAGCGCACUAAUGAGCGGAUCAGAUGGAUUACGCAUGGCGAAGCUGAAGGUGAACUCGGACUUCACUGCACCUUGUCGGACUUCAAUUCUUUAUCCAGCUGAUGGCGGCAACAUGCACUGCUUUACGGCCAAGACGGCAUGUGCCGUUUUAGAUGUGCUUGGCCCUCCAUACUGCGAUCCUGAUGGUCGCCAUUGCCAGUAUUACUUUGACUACCCUUUCUCCAAAUUCCCAGUUGAAGGGCUGUUGCUCGAUGAUGAAGAUCCUAAUGGGUGUGCUUGGCUCAAGGAGAGAGACAAACCCGAAGACUUAUGCGUGAUUGGGGUUCCUUACAACGGACCCAAGAUAAUAAACAAGUGA